UACUGCGCAGUAGGCAUGCAAGCACCCACGCGGGAUUUACGAAAUAAACCAGAGACUUCAUCUAGGAGUCCAGAGUGAGAAACGCUCUGCUCUGUCUGAGUUCUUUGCAGCAAAAGAGCUGCUCUGUAAUUUUUCCAUAGGCAAAAAACAAGUGAAAACUAAGAGCUGGCAUUUUCCAAAAGGGACUUCAGUGUAAAAAGGUUGAGAACCACUGCGUGGCAUUUUGCCUGGAUAAAUCUGGGUGCUGUCCCUGGUUUUGUCACAAGUCCUGUGAUGUUGGCCAAGUCAUUUGAGCUGUCUUUCAAGUUUCGUAUUGCUAAACCAAGAUGGCAACCAGAUAUCUACACACGAAGAUAUGCAAUAAUCAUUAUUUUAAUAUGUGGGAACACCCAUCUCAUCUUGCUUACUUUGCUUUAGGGGCAGAGUGGAGACAAGUGUCAUAAGCAACAUCUUAGUGCUGCAUCUGAAGCAGGAGCCUUGCACCAUCUACAUGAACUACCUUUCUGAAAGCUUGAAAGAUAUCUGAAGUGGAAAUGACUAUGGCAUAUUUGUUUCUUUGCAAAAAAUGGAAAAUAGAAGAAUAUAAUCCAUAAAGGAGGGUACAAAACAUUUAUCUACAUGGGAUAGCUAGCAGUUGCUGCUAGUGAACAGAAGCAAUUGUAAAACAUGUUUUGGGUGCAGCUUCUUUUUAGACAUGCCUAUGUGCAGAAGAUUUUAGCUAUGGACAGCAUAAUCGGAGGCAUUUCAAAAUCAGUUAGACAUGGUCAAGCUGUGUGUUUAAGAAGUUUUUUCUCUCAGUGUGCAAACCAUUCUGCUCGUAAAUUAGUUCUGGGAAUAGAAACAAGUUGUGAUGAUACAGGAGCUGCAGUUCUGGAUGAUAGUGGCAACAUUUUAGGAGAAGCUCUGCAUUCUCAAACUGAAGUCCAUUUGAAAAGAGGUGGAAUAGUUCCCCCAGUGGCACAACAGCUUCACAAAGAAAAUAUUGAAAAAAUCGUAAAAGAAGCACUUGAUACCAGCGGAAUCUCUCCAAAUGAACUCUCUGCAAUUGCAACUACAGUAAAGCCUGGACUUCCUUUAAGCCUUGGAGUGGGAUUAGAAUAUAGUUUAAGAUUGGUGAAACAAUAUAAGAAGCCUUUCAUCCCCAUCCAUCAUAUGGAGGCACAUGCACUUACAAUUAGGCUGACAAAUCAAGUGGAAUUUCCUUUCUUAGUUCUUUUAAUCUCUGGAGGUCACUGUAUCCUGGCAGUAGUACAAGGAGUUUCAGAUUUCCUUCUGCUUGGACAGUCACUGGAUAUAGCACCAGGUGACAUGCUUGACAAGGUAGCAAGAAGACUGUCUCUAACAAAGCACCCAGACUGCUGCAGCAUAACUGGUGGGAAAGCUAUAGAGUAUUUAGCUCAAAAGGGAAACCGGCCGGAUUAUAACCUCAAACAUCUCAUGCAACGUCACGUCAACUGCAAUUUUUCUUUUUCUGGACUUCAAACCAAUGUCACAAAACUGAUUAUGCAAAAAGAGAUGGAAGAAGGUCUUCAAGAGGGACAGCUCCUAUCAAGUGUUGCAGACAUUGCUGCUGCAGUACAGCAUGCAGUUGCCCUUCAUAUUGCCAUACGAACACACCGAGCCAUUCUGUUCUGCAUAAAAAGUGGUGUCUUAUCACCAACAAAUGCGACUUUGGUUGUGUCAGGAGGAGUUGCAAGUAACCAGUAUAUCCGAAGAGCUCUGCAAAGUGUAACAGAUGCAACUGAUUUUGCUUUGUUGUGCCCUCCUCCCAGACUUUGCACUGACAAUGGUGUUAUGAUUGCAUGGAAUGGUGUUGAAAGGCUACAUGCAGGAUUGGGUGUUUUACACAACAUAGAGAGCUUCCGCUAUGAAGGAAAAGCUCCACUUGGAAUUGAUAUUUCAGCCAAAGUUGAAGAAUCUGCCAUCAGGAUACCACAACUAGAUAUAACAUUUUGAUGCUUUGAUUUCCACCCCCCACCAAAGUUGGUAAAAUGAAUGCAACUUGUAAAUGUUCAUUAACAAUGUUUUCAACAGUGUUACAUUUACUGCCUGUAUUCAGUUUGUAAUUGGUUAAGGAUUGUCUGCCUUUGAAAUACACUAUGUGGUAGCCUGUGAUACCGCUGAGAUAUUUUAAGUUACUGUCUAUGGUGAGCAAAAUUUCUAAGUAUUAAAAUUUACAAAAUGGUAAAAGAAAGAAAAAGAUGAAGUAUAUAGUCUUUAGUACAUUUUAAAUGAAUGCUUUUGGGGGAAAAACUUCUCUAGAAUUUGUCCUCAUUUCUGUAAAUGUGGUAUACAGGCGUGUCGCAACUUACGCAGGGGUUAGGUUCCGAGGUCACCACGUAGGGCGAAAAUCGCGCAUAGAGCAACUGCCUCUGCCUCCAAAACCUCCUGCCACCGCCGCGAAGCCGUGCUUGGAGCUGUGUGGCCGGCGCAGCAUUGCGGGGGGGUGGCUGCGUGCCACUGGGCCACCACCAUGCUGCCAAAACCUCCCGCUGCCACCGUAAACUGAAGCCCCGCCCCCCUCCCACCCCGUGUAAAGUUGAAUUCGCGCAAGUUAAAUGUGCAUAUGACACGACUGUACUGUACAUGCAAAUAUUGUGUUUUAGUAUUGUAUUGAAAGCAAACAUCUAGACAAAGAUUUUCUAAGAGAUCUUAGGGAGAUUAGAAAUAAAACCCGCUGAAUUUUACCAGAAGUGGAGUGUUUAAUUUCAUUGGGCUAGUUUGAAAAUUCUACCUAUGGACUUUUAAUUUGAGGGUAUAACUCUAAUAGUAUUUGUUGAUCUGUUUUUUUUUUUUAAAUCCAAAGUGAAAUAUUUAAAACAAUUCAGAGGGUUUUUUUUAAAUUCUGUAAAAUGUUGCUGUUUCAUAUGAAUCUCUGAUACUUGGUGUAACACAAAAUUAUUUAUAUUUCCUUCCUGAUUUAACUAGUAUUUAUUAACAUUUUUAUCUGAAUUGCAGUUAUUUAUUA